AACAGAGGCAGCUUCGUAUUAAGUGUUACCUGACAGAGAGUCAGGAAUUAUGACGGCGCUUGCAGGAGGUUUACCGAGAAUGAUGAGACCGGCUCCUCACCAGAACUACCCGCGGGGUGGAUACUCUCUGGAAGUCUCCACUCCCUUAGGACAGGGUCGGGUCAACCAGCUCGGUGGUGUCUUCAUCAACGGCAGACCUCUCCCCAACCAUAUUCGCCAUAAGAUCGUGGAGAUGGCCCAUCACGGUAUCCGGCCGUGCGUCAUCUCCCGUCAGCUGCGGGUGUCCCACGGCUGCGUCUCCAAAAUCCUCUGCCGGUACCAGGAGACUGGAUCCAUCAGGCCGGGGGCCAUCGGAGGCAGCAAGCCAAAGCAAACUGCUACUCCAGAGGUGGACAAGAAAAUCGAGGAGUACAAGACAGAAAACCCGGGCAUGUUCAGCUGGGAAAUCAGGGACAAACUACUGAAAGAUGGGAUCUGCGACAGGAACAAUGUCCCCUCAGUGAGCGCCAUCAGCCGCAUCAUGCGCUCAAAGUUCGGCGGAGUCGGUGACGAUGAGGAGGAUGAUGAUGAGGUGGUAAAGAGGGAGAUGGAGGAAAACGAGCCGCGGACAAAACACAGCAUCGAUGGCAUUCUGGGAGACAGAUCCAGUCACUCGGACGAGGGCUCUGAUGUGGACUCAGAGCCGGGCUUGCCCCUGAAGAGGAAGCAGCGCCGCAGUCGGACCACCUUCACAGCGGAGCAGCUGGAGGAGUUGGAGAGGGCCUUCGAGCGUACGCACUACCCCGACAUCUACACGCGGGAAGAACUGGCCCAGCGGGCCAAACUGACAGAGGCUCGAGUUCAGGUGUGGUUCAGCAACAGAAGAGCCCGGUGGAGGAAGCAAGCUGGAGCCAAUCAGCUGAUGGCUUUUAACCACCUCAUCCCCGGUGGCUUCCCUCCAUCAGCUAUGUCAGGCCUGCAGCCCUAUCAGUUGUCCGACAGCCCCUACCCUCCUACUUCCAUAGCUCAAGCAGCAUCCGAGCAGCCCAGCACAGUCCACCGACCGCAGCCGCUGCCCCCCACCUCUGUGCACCAGAGCGGCCUCAGCUCGUCGGCGGGAUCCCAGGAUGGAAGCUCUGCAUACUGCCUGUCCUCUGGACGCCACGGUUUCUCAGGAUACUCAGACGGCUUUGUGGCCCCGACAGCGCACUCCAACGCUGUCAACCCCACCAUCAGCAACAGCCUCUCACCACAGGUGAUGGGUCUAUUGAACCCAGGUGGAGUGCCACAUCAGUCCCAGAGUGACUUUGCCCUCUCCCCACUGACCGGAGGCCUGGAGCCUAAUGGAGCCAUGGCCGCCAGCUGCCAUGGCUCCCAGCGCCUGGAGGCUCUACCCGGCCUGUCCAGUAUGCCCGCCCUGCCUAGCACCCAGUCUUACUGCCCACCUUCCUACACCUCCCCAGCCUACGCUGUGGACCACCACCCAUCCUACCAGUACGGACAGUACGGUCAGAGCAAGGUGCCUUUCAUUAUAUGAAGCCCCCAACAUGGCCUGAGCAGGAGGCUUCCCCUGGCCAGUCUGAUAUUCAUCGCCAGAGAACACCGCCCCAACCCACCCACUGCCUUUGCAAAAACCUUCCCGGCCCCUGAGGACAGCGACAGAGAAAGAGGUUGGGUGGGUGAAGGGGUUGAGGUGUUCUCCUUCAGCGAGGAAGGGAACCGGUUGAUAUGGAGGUGUAGCGAUGGAGGGGGUUGACUGGAAUAAUUGGGACCAAAGGCGCAGCCUCUCCUGUUACCUGGCACUGGCUUUGCAUUGCGCGUCACGCCAUGCUCCAAGGACCAAGCGCAGUUCGUUGUCCAUGCUUAAAGGGGAAAAGAAGAGGGGUGGGGAAAGGGGGAGUAAAUACAUUCAAGAUUCUGUAUUUGAUUAUUGUAAUAAGUGGCAGAGAUGCAAGUUGAGGUGGACUUUGUAAGCCCCCUGUGCUUCUGGGGCCAACUUAAUAUGGGAGGGGUAGAUUCUUAUGGCUGAUGGUUAUCAAAAGGCCGGAUAGUGAUAACCUGUUGUGCUCAGCUGCAAUGUUCUCCUUCAUUUCUCCAUCACAAUGUCUUAGGGUAAUGAUAUUAACUGUUCAUCGAUGCGAUUCUUGUAAAAGACAUUAGAGUUUUACAAAAAUGUGACUACACCGGGAAAAGCACCAGGACGGCAUAAAUCGAGUCGUCGUGGAGUCAUAGCAAAACCACUACAACCCAAAGAAAGUGCAAUACAUUCAUACCUCAUGUGAUGUAAAUGAACUCGGAUCAAAUUACCCUGAUUAUAUCCUCAACAACAUGCUCUGUCUCUUUUUAAUGUCAUGAGUUUUGGGUUGUGUGCAUUGAUUGCAUUGAUCAAUCAGGGGAAAUCAUCAAGCGAUGAAAAAUAGCAAAUGUAGUUGUGAUGUCAUUAAGCCAAAAAAUUCUCUGCCAGUGAAUACAUUAUUCAGUUUGACAGUUAAUUUUCUUUCUUUUUUUUUCUUUUCUUUUUUUUGCAUGUGUUAAAUUAGAUUUCAUCAGGAACUUGCAAACGUUAGUUCCAUUUCUUAUUUAUUUAGUGUUGUUCAACUGUUAUGUCUCCUCUUUACGUCCUGUAUAAGUGCUCUUAAGUGCUUAAGUAAGUCUUACACAAUGUUCAUUAUUCAUGAUUUUUCUUUUGUAUAAUUCCAUUUACUUCGGCGUAAAUUGAUUUUGUUGUAAGAAGUUUUGUGUACAGUACAGCACUAUUUACUAUUUAUAAUAAACUAUA